AUGAGCCUCCCCGGCGACCACCCUAUCGAGACACCACCGCGCGCGCCAUCGCCAGUCCACCGGUUCGGUACCCUCGCCGUCCAUGCGGGGUCUCCCAUAGACCCAACGACAGGAGCGGUCAUAGAACCCAUUUCCCUCAGCACAACAUACGCGCAAAGCUCAGUAGGCAAGCCGAUUGGAGAGUAUGAAUACACGCGAUCAUCGAACCCGAACAGACUCAACUUUGAGCGGGCGAUCGCAGCAUUAGAACGGGGACGAUAUGCGCUGGCGUACGCUUCUGGGUCGGCGGCGACAGCAAAUAUACUGCAGAGUCUAGCGGCUGGCAGCCAUGUCAUAUCUGUCUCAGACGUGUAUGGUGGAACACACAGAUACUUCACAAAAGUCGCCUCGGCGCACGGCGUGCGGGUGACGUUCACACCGUCCAUCGAGCUGGAUAUCGAGGAGUUGAUCACACCGGAGACUAAGCUGAUCUGGAUCGAGUCGCCCUCGAACCCUACGCUGUCGCUUGUGGAUAUCCGAGCGGUGGCAGAUAUCGCGCAUCGCAGCGGGAUAAUGGUUGUAGUGGACAACACCUUCCUCUCGCCGUACAUCCAGAACCCACUCGAGCAUGGCGCGGAUAUCGUGGUGCACAGCGUGACGAAGUACAUCAACGGGCAUUCCGAUGUCUUGAUGGGGGUGGCGGCUUUCAAUUCGGAGGAGCUGUGGACGAGAUUGAGCUUUCUGCAGAAUGCCAUUGGUGCCGUACCUUCGGCGUUUGACUGCUGGCUCGCGCACAGAGGUGUCAAGACACUGCAUCUGCGAGCGAAGGAGGCGAGCAGGAACGGUCUGAUGGUUGCGGAAGCACUUUCGCGGUCACCGAAUGUUCAGGCUGUCAACUACCCGGGUCUCCCAUCGCACAAGCAACGCAAGAUCGCGCUGAAGCAGCACCGAGACGGUCUAGGCGGCGGUAUGCUCUCUUUCCGGCUCAAGGGAGGUCAAGAAGCAGCCGAGCGCUUCUGCCAGGAGACACAGAUCUUCACACUGGCCGAGUCGCUCGGUGGCGUGGAGAGCCUGUGCGAAGUGCCGAGUAGCAUGACACACUCUGGCAUUCCCAAGGAACAGAGGGAGGUUGCUGGCGUGUUCGAUGAUCUUGUACGGCUCAGCUGUGGUGUGGAGGAUGGUAACGAUCUAGUAGCGGAUGCGCUCCAAGCAAUAGAGAAGGCGGUUGUUGGACCUAAGAUCACGAAUGGGCUGGCCAGUGGGCUUGCGAAUGGUCAUGCAUAG